GAGGGGCGCGCGGUGCCCGCGGGGCGCGGCUGGGCCGGGCCGGGCCGGGCCGAGCCGCGGGGCGGGCACAAAAGCGCCGCGCCCGGACCCGCCGCCUUGGAGUCAGCGCCAGGGCCAGCGUGGGCUCGGCGGUCCGGAGUUCAGCGCUUAGCGGCGCCGGUACGGGCGGCUGUCUCGGGACUCGCAGGAUGCCGGAGGCGCGGCAGCGCGGAGCGCGGGUGCUAUGGACGCUGCUGUGGGUGGCCGCGGUGCGCUCCUACAACGUGGACGUGGGGCGGCCCGUGGUGUUCCGGGGUCCCAAUGGCUCCUUCUUCGGGUACUCGGUGCUGCAGCACUACCACGACAGCACGCGGUGGGUCUUGGUUGGUGCUCCCAAGGCAGAAUCUAAAUACAGCACCUCUGUUCAGUCCCCAGGAGCAGUGUUUAAAUGUCGAGUUCAUACCAACCCUGACAGAAGAUGCACAGAACUGGAUAUGGGGAGAGGCAAUUCUCGGGGCAUGCUCUGUGGAAAGACCUGUAAGGAAGACAGAGACGAUGAAUGGAUGGGUGUGAGCCUAGCUAGACAGCCAAAGGCUGGUGGAAGUGUGCUGGCAUGUGCUCACCGCUGGAAAAACAUCUACUAUGAGACAGAGUACAUCUUGCCCCAUGGUUUCUGCAACAUCAUUCCUCCUGACCUGCAGUCCAAAGGGAGGAAGCUCUUGCCCUGCUAUGAAGAGUACAAGAAGAAGUAUGGGGAGGAGCAUGGUUCAUGCCAGGCAGGGAUCGCAGGCUUCUUCACUGAGGAAUUGGUCAUCAUGGGGGCACCAGGAUCUUAUUAUUGGACAGGAACUGUCAAAGUACUGAAUCUCACUGACAACACAUAUUACAAGCUGAAUGAUGAUGCUGUGAUAGCCAGGAGGUACACAUACCUUGGCUAUGCAGUGACAGCAGGUCAUUUCUCUCAGCCGACUACCACUGACAUUGUAGGAGGAGCUCCCCAGGAUGGAGGCAUCGGAAAGGUUUAUAUUUUCAGAACGGACAGACAGUCAGGCUCUCUAAUAAAGAUUUUUCAGGCUUCAGGAAAAAAGAUGGGCUCUUACUUUGGCUCCUCCUUAUGUGCAGUUGACCUGAAUUCUGAUGGGUUGUCAGAUCUGCUGGUUGGAGCGCCUAUGUUUUCUGAGAUCAGAGAUGAGGGUCAAGUCACGGUCUACAUCAACAGAGGAAAUGGAGUGCUGGAGGAGCAGCUCACCCUGGGCGGUGACAGCGCCUAUAAUGCACACUUUGGGGAGAGCAUGGCUGCCCUUGGCGAUAUUGAUGACGAUGGCUUCCCAGAUGUUGCCAUUGGAGCGCCUAAGGAGGAUAACUACAUAGGAGCAGUGUACAUUUACCAUGGGGAUGCCAGUGGUAUUAUACCUCAGUACUCUAUGAAGCUGUCUGGGCAAACAAUAAACCCAAAGCUGCGUAUGUUUGGCCAGUCCAUAUCAGGGGGAGUUGAUAUGGAUAGCAAUGGUUAUCCAGAUAUGACUGUUGGAGCCUUCCUUUCAGACAAUGUGGUACUUCUCAGAUCCAGGCCUGUAAUUACCAUGGAUGUCACCAUUUUCCUGCCCAUAUCUAUCAAUAUCACAGCUCCUCAGUGCCAUGAUGGUUUGCAGCCGGUGAACUGCCUCAAUGUCACAGCAUGCUUUCGUUUCAGUGGCAAGCAUGUUCCUGGAGAAAUAGGUUUGAAUUAUAACUUGACUGCUGAUGUGGCAAAGAAGGAAAAGAGCCUGCAACCCAGAGUUUAUUUUGUGACUUCUGGAGAGGCAGCAGGGCAGAUCACAGAAAAGUUACAACUGUCAUUCAUGCAGGAAAAGUGUGAGCAUUACCUAGCAUAUGUCAAGAAAAGAGUCAAGGACGUCAUCUCUCCAAUUGUAUUUGAAGCUUCAUACAGCCUUGGAGAACAUGUGAUAGAAGGAGGAAAAGAGGGCAAGGAACUAACUGCUCUGAAGCCCGUUCUUCGCUGGAAGAAAGGACAAAAGAUAGCACAAAGGAAUCAGACUGUUUUUGAGAGGAACUGUCAAUCUGAUGACUGUGCUGCUGAUUUGAAACUUCAAGGAAAAUUAUUGCUGUCUAGUGUUGAUGACAGAACUGACUACCUGGCCCUUGGAGCAGUGAGGAACAUCUCACUUAACAUUUUCAUCUCCAACAUUGGUGAUGAUGCCUACGACACCAAUGUUUUCUUCAAUUUUUCUCGAGAGCUCUUCUUCAUCAAAAUGUGGCAAAAGGAGGAGCUGGGCAUUGCUUGUGAAUUACUGGAGGCAGAUUUCCUCAAGUGCAGUGUGGGAUUUCCUUUCAUGAGAUCCAAAUCUACGUACGAGUUCAGUGUGAUCUUUGACACAAGCCACUUGACUGGGCAGGAAGAAACACUUACCUUCCUUGUCUCUGCCCAAAGUGGAAACCUAGAACGUGCUGAAUGUCUGCAUGAUAACACUCUAAUCCUGUCAGUGCCCCUGAUGCAUGAAGUGGACUCAUCUGUCAAUGGAGAAGUCUUCCCUACUUCAUUUUUCUAUGGUGAUUCCGUGGAAGCGUCCAACUUUGUUCAGUUGGAAAACCAUGAAUGCCUUUUCCAGUCUCUCAAUUUCACACUGCAGGUUUACAAUGCUGGACCAAGCACUCUUCCUGGAGCUUUUCUUGAUAUUUCAAUUCCAAACCGCCUCUCUGCCACUGGAGCUGAAAUAUUUCAUAUUCAGCAGAUGAUGGUUGGUCAGGACAAAGGAAGCUGUUCUUUCCAUAGAAACCACAGCCCGUGCGUUGUUCCUCAAGAGAAUGAAAAUAUUUUCCACACAAUAUUUGCUUUUUUCACGAAGUCUGGCAGAAAAGUAUUGGACUGUGAGAGACCAGACAGAUCUUGUUUAAUUGUACACUGCAACUUAAGCUCACUACCUAAAGCAGAGUCCUGUGAUAUAAAUAUCUACAUGCUGCUUAAUACUGAGAUACUCAAGAAGGACAGUUCAUCAGUCAUCCAGUUUGUCACAAGGGCAAGGCUGCAGGUGGACCAUGACCUCAGAGUUGUGGAGGUGCCCAAUGGGAGCCCAGAAGAAAAACUAGUGGUCUUUGAGGCUUUGCACAAUCUGGAGCCUCGUGGGUAUGUUGUCGGAUGGAUCAUUGCCAUCAGUUUGUUGGUGGGAAUUCUCAUCUUCCUAUUGCUGGCUGUGCUCUUAUGGAAGAUGGGCUUCUUCCGCCGGAGGUACAAAGAAAUUAUCGAGGCUGAAAAGAGCAGAAAGGAGAAUGAAGAUAGUUGGAACUGGGUCCAGAAAAAUCAGUAAACUGUCCAUGAAAACAAAACUGCCCAGUCAUGUGACAUGCACUCGCUAGUCUAUAGAUCCUGCUCUCGUAUCUUCCAUAUGUGGAAGAAGGAAUCUUCUCCAGAUUUUUCGGAGACCCCAUUGAUGCUGUGUCUUUAUUACUCCCAAAAACUAGGGAACAUAUCCUGAGGCAACCACUGCAGCCAUGUCAGGUGACUGGAGCGAUUCACACUUCAUUUAAGAGUUGAACUUUGACCUUUGGUAACCAAGCUGCAGUGCAGAGCAAUAUUUAUGAGUCCAAUUAUGUAGUAUGCCCUCAGGGGAAGACUUUUAUCUAAGAAUAUUUUUUAUAAAUACAAGCUUUUUAUAUUGAGUAUGUCUUUAUAUUUGUAUCAAUGUUUUAUAAUUUCUAUUGAAUAGCUAUAUAGUUCACUCAAGCACUGAUAUCUGGCUAAAUCUAAAUCUUUGAAAAUAUAUAUAUAUAUAUGUAUAUAUAUAUAAAUUCUAUUGUACUUUUAAACAUCAAUGCAAGAGAGAAAAGAGAGAUUUGCAGAUAAAAGUAGCUGAAAUCCUCAUAUGCUUAAUUCACAAGGCUUGGUAAUAUCAUAUAUAGAUCAUUUAAUAGAAAUAAGCCAAAAUCUUUUUACUGUCUCCUUCUUUAAGUUAAAUUUGGUGUUUGAUUUAUAAGCUACAGAACCUAAAGUAUUUCACGGUUGUAAUACUCUGUAUCUUGAGUCUGUCCUUUACUAGCCUGGGUGGGAGUGGUUAAAAACACUUCUUCAGUGACAUGUAGCAAGGUGUAGUUUGCUUUGGCUCACUGAGAAAGGCACCACAGAAUGUUCUCUUUGGGAAGUUUUCUUUUGCAGUCUCUAGCACUGUACAGGUGAGAUACCAGAAGGAGGUAGUUGGACCAACCACUAUGGCAUUGACAAAUUCCUCUAAAUAAUAAUAAUUUAAAAAGUAAUUAAGUCAUAUUAAUAUUAAGAUGGAUAAUUUUAAAGCUACUGUUAAGGAUUGUGAUCUGUUGCUAUUAAAGCAAGUGAUAAAUUGCUAUGUGCUAUGAGCAUUAUGUCUGCCAUGUGAGUUACUUGAGUCAUGAGUUUGUUUAUAUGAUAAUUUUAAGAGAGAUAAGUAGAUGCAAGGAUUAAAAUGUUUGGAUAUUUGAAUCUCGAGGUUGCCUAUCUGGGUGUUCCAAGUACUGAAUGUAUUUCAUCAAGAAUUUAGAAGGAAGUUUAGUCAAGGCGCAGAUGUUAUUGGAUCUCAGCUUGCCACUUUUAUUGCUGGUAAUUCCUUAACAAAUUGUUGAAUUAAAAGAAGUCCAGUUGUAAUUAAUUCAAAUAUGUUUCUUCAAAAGCUCUUGGAUUUCUGAACAGAAAUAGUGGAACUCUGUAAGACUUGGGUUUAGAUUCUACUUGUAUUUUGCACUUUGUGUAAAUAAGGAGUAAAUGUCAUGUUGGUAUAAAAUCCAUGUAAAGGAAAGAAGGGUCAAGCUCUGUGGUAGAAAGUGAAACCAGGAUUGAAAGGUUGCAGGAUGUCUUCUUCCUUAAGUGUGGUAAAAGAACAGCUGGAAGUUUGGAAACUUGAACACAGAGAACAUGCAAAAAAUCAGCUUUAGAACAGGUCUUGCUCUUCUUUGCCAUAUUCAUGAUAUCUUCAAAUCAUAAAAAUGGUCCACAAACAUAUUCCUGUUUGCUUUUUAGCACCACCAUCAUCAAGUGUCUGCUGUUACUGCAGUAUUGGUUGAUAUUUAUUUACUAUUAGCUAUCUGCAUGCAUUAGGGAGAAAAAUGGUUUUAAUGUUAAUUAAGUGUAUUGAUUCAACAUCUGACAAGAACUAUUAGUCUAUUCAACUACCUUUCUUAAAAGAGUAAUUGUUGAUUUGACAGAUUCUGUGUUACAAAUUAUCAUUUAAGCCAAAAUCCACAGCAAAAUCCUGUUAUAAGCACAGGUAGUAGAGUGCAGAUUUUCCAAGGGAGUGCAAAACCAAAAGGUUGCUGGCAUUUGACUGCACUGUUGUAUUAUCAUCUAGAGACAGAACCAUAGACUGGCUUGGGUUGGAAGGGACCUUAAAGGUCUUGUUCCAAUGUCGCUGCCAUGGGCAGAGAGACUUUUUGCUAGACCAGGUUCCUCAAAGCCCAAUCCAGUCUGGCCUUGAAUUGCUGUAUUAUCAGAAAGUCAAAGAUUGGUAGAGUGGUUUGUGUUGGAAGGAACCUUAAAUGACAUCUAGUUCCAACUCCCUGCCCACGGCCAUGCCAGGUUGCUCAGAGCCCCAUCCAAACAGGCUCUGAACACUUCCAAGAUGGGCCAUCCACAACUUCUCUGAGCAACCUCUUCCAGUUUCUCAUCACCUUCACAGUAAAGAGUUUUCUUCAAAUACCUAAUCUACAUUUGCCUCUGGUAUUGAAGGUUGUUGAAUGUACAUGUACAUGUACACAGUACAUGUCUGACAUCAGUUAGUUUUGUUAAACAACAAAAGCUAAUUGUUUGGUUUUUCUCUUUAAAAAAAAUCUACAUCAGACAGAAAUUGGAUAAGAGAUUGAUUCACAACUAUAAAUUGAAAUUGCUUAAAGUACUUGGUUGAAAAAGGGGUCUUUUUAUUACCUGUAAGAAUCUCCAGUAUGUGCCCUCUCUAGAACCAAUCCCCCCCAAAAUUAUUAAAAUGUAAAAUUGCUGAAAAAAUAAUUCAGGGCAGAAGUGAAACUACUUACGAAUUGAACUAAAUUUAAAAGUUUCCAUUCAAAAAAUGAGAAAGUUCCCUUAAAAAAGCUGAAAUCAUUAAUUUCCACAUUUUAAACAAAAUGUUACUUUGAUAUCUUCCAGAAAUGCUUCCUUACAGUAUUUUAAAAAUCAAAAUUGGUUAUACCUUUGAAAUAUCUUUUUAAACUAUAUAAAGAAGAGAGUUUAAAAAAAACCCUACAAAUUCGACAUUUCAGAUUUUAUUGGACAUUUUUUUGUUUUGUCACAAAAGUGGGUUUUCUGUCAAAGCAAAAGUGGUUUUACUUUUUAAAAAAAAUAAAUAAAGGUAAACCACAUUUGAGCCCACACUGGACUUCUUUAAUUUCUGACUUGAAUUGUCAUAGAACUGAUCCAGCAUAAUUCAUCCCUUAGUGAAAAUCUAGCUGUUGGCCAGGUAAGUGCCAUAUUUGUGAAACAAUCCACAAAUUCUUAGUAUCGUCACUGCUAGGUACUCAGUUUUUCUGUUGUCAUGGAUGGUUUUGGUUUUACUCUCCAAUUUUUUUUCUCCUUUUUUUAAAUCAAAUUCCAUUAUGGCUUUUGCUUGCUUCCAGUUAGGAUAGUUAGAUCAUACCUGUUCUUCACAUUAAAGUACUGUAGUUGCACCUUUCCACUUCGUAAAAAGCAACCCAACAAAAAGUCACACCUUUAUCAGUUGAUUGCAAUCAAUUUCUAAUCCCAAAAUCUUUCAAAAAUGUAAUACACUUCAAGAAUGUGUAGAACAUACCUUUAUUAUAGAACUGCUGGGUUCUGAGUUUUUUAAUUAAGAAAUCAUCCUAAAUAUCUAGAGGCAUGGUUACUUUGGAAAUUGCUUUUAGGGCUCUGGGAGUUCCCAUCUCUCAGCUACUCAUCAGUUUCUUUGUGCUGUUCUGCUUGCACAGAGUCUAGGGGUAGUCAUUGUACAAGUGCUCUCCAGUUCAUCCAUCCUGGGACAGUGUCAUCAAUUUUCUUGGACAACUUCAUUGAAAGGUUUGCUGAAUUUAUGUUGGCCUUUUUUUCCAGCAGACUCACUUUACACUAGCUAUAAGCUAUUGAGGAAGAAGGUUAGAAGAGUCUCAUUUUCAAAUGCUCUGGCAUCUGAGAUAGGUAAAACUUGCAAUGUACAAGGUGUUUUCUUACAAAUAGCAUCAAAAGAAGUUGCUUCUAGGAUAGGAGGAAACAAAUUUCAGAAAAAGAUUAUCAGGAAGGAAGGCAGGGGAGGGAAUCAAAGGAAAAUACUUCUUAAUGCAGAGCCGGUGCUGUUGUAAUCCCAUGUAGUUUCCAUCUUUAUUUCAAGAAGAUCACAGUCCCUUCACAGUUUUGGUGGCCCACAGCACAGGGAUAAAGCCAUCUUUCACAGCUGUUUUCAUUUAAAAACCAUGGGGUUUGUGUCUUGAGAUUUCUUCCCAAGCAACAGAACAAAUAAUAUGCUCCAAGAAGGUCACUGGUAUUCUCUUGGCCAUUAUAGCUAACAAAAACACCUGCUAUUUUUUUUUCUGAAUAAACUUGUUCUUUUAUUUGCUUAAUGAGGAAGUCAGCAAACUAUAGAAAAUACUGGAGCAACCUCUGAAUUUAAGUCAUCUCACAAGUUGCUUGAGAGUUAUCUGAGAGAGAAAUUAUGCCUGAUGUAAACUCCAAGCCUGUAAACCACUUAAGCAAUCUUUUCAUUUUAAAAUGGCAAAGACUUCUUCAAUGCCAAGCAUAACAGUGAAAACAGCCCCUUCUAUGCCUUGUCUAUUACCAUGAAUGGUAAUGACCCCACAUACCAAAUGAGUGAUGUGCAGGUAGCUCAGUUUGCUGGAAGCAACAUUUAUAAAAAAAUUUUCUUUGACAAUAUUUAGUGUCAACUUUCUUGAAUGUGUAUUGCUCAUGGGCACAUUUUGAAGUCUUGCACAAGCUUAAAGCAUAGUAUCCAUUUGACAUGGAAAUAUAUAAUAUUGUUUUCACUGAAGAAUUAAGGGAGUCAUGGAACUAAUUUCUAUCCUUUGUCCAAGUCCACCCACUUGCUAGGGUUUCUUGGAUAUAAAUGAAAGUAGAAUUUCAUUCAUUGAAUGUGCAUUGAUUAAACUGGCAUGAAGACUAAUUGCUUUUGGAGCUUGGUUUGCAUGCACAGUAGAGUACCUGCACCAUUGUCCUUUCUUUUUAUCAGAAUGUCACUGCUUAUAUAUUGUAAAAUUGUAUGAGGUUUUUUUGUGAACUUGCUGGAACAAUGUGCUAACUCUUACUGGUGUCACCUGUAUUUAGAAGCUUGUGUUCGCCUGUAUUCUGAUUCACUUGCACUGUUUUGGAAAUGUCAGGUUUACAAAAAAAUACAACUUUUUGGAAUAAAAAAUUACUGCAAAAUUAUCCUAAUAAUAUCAUUUUGUCAAUUAU